CUCCAUUAAAAAUGAUAAACAUAUAGUUUUCAUCUUACACAGUUACCAAAAACCCGAUGCAGACAUUAUUUGCCCCAUCCAGAGCCAGAGGGAUAUUUCUCCGGCCACACUUUCAAACUUCAUUAUUAUGCGCUAAUAAAUCCUCUGUAACUUUUACUUCCACAUUUUCCAGAAACUCUCUGGUUCAAUUUUCUCAUUUAAAUUACAAAACAGUAAGGCGGAUUAAAUCACAACACAGCAUUGUCAGACUACAGGCUAUACAGGCAUCUGAAGCUGCUGGGCCAUUGAGUCCAUCGGAAAAAUGGGAAUUCCAGUUUGUAGGUGAUGGCAAUACAAGUCAUAUUGGACAAGCAGCAUCUCUUCCUAGCACAUUUGAAUUGGCCUCGGAUACUGCAACUAUUGGCCGUCUCCCAGAAAAAGCAGAUAUUGUCAUCCCAGUUGCUACAGUAUCCGCGGUGCAUGCUCGUCUGGAAAAGAAAGAAGGAAUGUUGUUUGUGACCGACUUGAAUAGCACUAAUGGCACAUAUGUUGAUGAGAAGAAGCUUAGCCCUGGUGUUGCUACCCCUCUUUCUCCUCAGAGCUGCAUUACAUUUGGUGACAUCCAUUUAGCUCAAUUUCAGUUCUUGAAAAAGGAAACUAAUGAUUCCAUUCAAGAGGAGAGUGUCGAUGAUUCCAUUAUUAAGGAACGUGUCUCUAAUGAGUAAGAAAAUAGCUAUUGACCCUUUCAAUAGCUAGGAACACACGGUGGUAUAGUUACUAUCAAUGUAUUCCCUUUUACAAACAAAAUGUUUUAUAUAUUUGAAUGUUUGAUUGUAUAAUGGAAUUUAUAUAGGUUUUGAUGCCAAUUGAAACCUAUCUAUUGCUCCUUUGUAGUUUUGAAAUAUGUCGUAAGAUAUUACCACUUCUUUGCAUAUAAUUACAAAACAAAAAGAGUUAUAAAACAAAGUUUUCAUUUUAUUUA